AUGGCUGGCGACAGAUCAACAGAGUAUAAAGCUCUCUUCCUGAAAGAGGCGAGCUGCAAAAACAAGCAGAAGAUCAGCAUAGACAGGAAAAGCGCCGCAAUCAGCCCACAACCUUUGGUGAAUUUAUUCAUACCUGCCACUUUCGGGAUCUUUGAAAGUCGAAACCCCAUCUCGAUCCACACAUGGCACAAUACCUCCACUAUCUCGGAAAUACUGUCCAAUGUGGCUGCGCUUAUAGGAGGAGUGUCCGGUCAGGCAACAAGCAAUCUACGACGUGGUUUGCAGUUAUCUGCAGCCACCAGGGAAAGAUGCCCCCGUCUAUUUUCCCUUGGUGGAGCUGGAAGACCUUGGUCGUCAGUUUGGUCGUCGACUGCUCAGGGACACAAAUCUGAUCUGCGGAUCAUCACAUAG